AUGCCCAAGCCAACAUCACGGUUCGACCACCUUCUCUUGAGUACCAGCGGUCCCGUCGACUGCGCCCUUACCGGCGAGGCUGUCCUCGGCUCGCCAUUCUUCAACAAGGGAUCCGCCUUUCCUCUCGACGAGCGAAAGCUCUUCAACCUCUGCGGCCUGCUGCCGCACAAUGUCCAUUCCCUCGACACCCAAGUCCAGCGCGCACAUGAGCAGUACAUCGAGCGAGCCGAUGACCUCGACAAGAAUACAUUUCUGACCUCGCUAAAGGAGCAGAACGAGGUGCUGUAUUACAAGCCAGUCGACGAGAUACCGGCUGACGAAACACAGUUGCUGCAAUGUAACCUCAAGUCCAUGUUCAGCGUCGUUUAUACUCCCACCGAAGGCGAUGCCAUUCAAAACUACUCGAGGCUUUUCCGCCGACCCGAGGGCUGCUUCUUGAACAUCAACGACGAGGAUCGCGUGCUGCAUGAUUUGGCGCAAUGGGGGGAGUCGGAGGACAUCGACUACAUUGUCGUUACCGACGGCGAGGAGAUUCUCGGCAUCGGCGACCAGGGCGUCGGCGGCAUCCUCAUCUCCAUCGCCAAACUCGUCCUCGCCACCCUGUGCGCUGGCGUCCACCCAAACCGCUGCCUGCCCGUCGUCCUCGACUGCGGCACCGACAACCCCCAACAUUUGAAAGACGAGCUCUAUCUCGGCUUGCGGCAAAGGCGAAUCCGUGGACCGCGCUACGACAGCUUUGUCGAUACCUUUGUCCAGGCCGCCCGCAAGCUGUACCCCAAGGCCUACAUCCACUUUGAGGACUUUGGACUGCAUAACGCCCGGCGGCUGCUGGACCUAUACCGCCCUAGCAUGGCAUGCUUCAACGAUGACAUCCAAGGGACAGGCUGCGUCACCCUCGCCGCCAUCAUGUCUGCUCUGAAAGUCACAGGCCAAAGUCUUGGUGACGUGCGCAUGGUCGUUUUUGGAGCUGGCAGUGCCGGCGCUGGCAUUGCGGCCCAGGUUCGAGAUGCCAUCGCGACCGAGGACGGUUUGAGCCACGAAGAAGCCUCUGAGAAAAUAUGGUUGAUUGACAAGCCAGGCCUCCUCACCACCGCUACCGAAAGCUCGGACGCGCAGCGAUCUUUCCUCAAGGAUGCAUCCGCCUGGCGCGAAAAGCAUACCGACCUCCUCACCGUCGUACUACACGUCCGUCCAAACGUCCUCAUCGGCACAUCCACCGUGCCGGCCGCUUUUACGCACGAGAUUGUCCAGGCCAUGGCCCAAUCCUGCGCGCGACCCAUCAUAUUCCCCCUUUCCAAUCCCACCCGGUUGCACGAAGCGACGCCCGCCAACCUCCUCGCCUGGACGCACGGCAAGGCGCUCGUCGCCACGGGCUCGCCCUUUGACCCCGUCCGCGGUCCGUGGGGCCCCGGGGGCGAGGAAGUGACCAUCGAGGUCGCCGAGUGUAACAACUCGGUCGUGUUCCCGGGCAUCGGGCUCGGUUGCAUCCUCUCGCGCGCGACCCGGUUGACGGACAAGAUGCUUGUCGCUGCCGUUGAGGGCGUCGCCUCCCUCAGUCCGGCUCUCAAAGAUCCGACGGCUCCAUUGCUGCCGGAUGUCGAGGCCGCGAGGGAGGUGAGCGUACGGGUCGCCCGCGCCGUGGUUCAAGUCGCCGUCGAGGAAGGCGUCGCGACCGAGGACGGCAUUCCGGCCGACAAGGAGGACCUAGACGACUGGAUUCGGGCCCAGAUGUGGGAGCCCACCUACCGGCCGCUCCGCCUCGUCGAGAUGGAAAAUGCGACGCGAGCGGCGAGGGGGGAGUUGCGCAAGGCCGGCACCGCGCGACGAGGCGGUCGCCCGUAG